ACGGCCAGCCAAUCGGGGCGCGACAGCCUUUCAGAGGCCCAAUUGGAGGGUUGUGUCUCUGAUGUCGCGCCGUCUGCCCGCCUGUCUGGAGGUGGUGGCUUCUUUGCCUCCGCCUGUUCGGGCAGCUGCUGACCCGGUUCCCAGUGGCUCUGCUCGAUCGUCUCCGCUGGGCCUUGGAGGCCCCUAGCGGUCCAGACGAUGCAGCCUCCGGGUCCUCAGCAGCCUCCUCCCCCUCCGCCACCGCUCUAUGCCCCGAAUAACGGGGACUUCACCUUCGUCUCCUCGGCGGAUGCGGAAGAACUUAGUGGCUCAAUAGCCUCUCCUGAUGUGAAGCUGAAUCUUGGAGGAGGAAGUGGAGAAUUUAUUAAAGAAUCUUCUGCAACUACAUUCCUAAGACAGAGAGGCUAUGGCUGGCUUUUGGAAGUAGAAGAUGAUGACCCUGAAGAUAAUAAACCACUCUUGGAGGAACUAGACAUUGAUCUGAAAGAUAUAUACUACAAAAUUCGGUGUGUCUUGAUGCCAAUGCCUUCACUUGGAUUUAAUAGACAAGUAGUAAGAGAUAAUCCUGACUUCUGGGGUCCACUGGCAGUUGUUCUUUUCUUCUCAAUGAUCUCAUUAUACGGACAAUUCAAGGUUGUAUCCUGGAUCAUAACUAUUUGGAUAUUUGGAUCCUUGACAAUCUUCCUGUUGGCCAGAGUUCUUGGAGGAGAGGUAGCAUAUGGCCAGGUUCUUGGAGUGAUUGGAUAUUCCUUACUUCCUCUUAUUGUAAUAGCACCUGUGCUCUUGGUGGUUGGAUCAUUUGAAGUUGUUUCUACUUUAAUAAAACUUUUUGGAGUCUUUUGGGCUGCAUACAGUGCUGCUUCUUUAUUAGUUGGAGAAGAGUUUAAAACCAAGAAGCCCCUCCUGAUCUACCCCAUCUUCUUAUUGUACAUUUAUUUUUUGUCCUUGUAUACUGGAGUGUGACCUGCAGUAUUGGACUAGGACAGGAACAAUAUCUUACCAUGGAGACUGAUGAAAUGUCAAGUUACACAGCCCUGCUGAAAGGAGAAAUGACUAUGUCAUAUCUGGUUGUCUUGGUUUCAAAAAGUGGUAAACUUAAAAUAUAUAUCUGUACAUUAUUUAAAAAGGUUUAGUUAUGUUAGAGAUUUAUAACAGAGUUUUAGGUUUCAAUUUAUUGAAGAAAACAACGUGUGUUUAUAAGUUGAAGUAGCAGAAUUACACCAGGACUAGGUGAUAGGCAUAUUAAACAAAGGAGAAUUCUGAUUAUUGUUAGUAGUUUGAAAAUUCAAUUUUUGUGUUCUGCGCAGCAGAUUCUUUAGAUACUUAUGAAUCACUCCUGAUUAUUCAGACUAAACUGUAAUCAAGACGUGAUUCUUAAUGUAGUGCCUCACAUACUCUUGAUUUGGCUGUUGCUGACUUUUAAGAAGUGUCUUUAUGUUUAUCAUCUAUAUGUACCUUUAUGAUAUUGUUAAGAUGUUUUAUAGACUGCAUAACAACUUGAAGAUUCAAGUGUUGGAAUUAGUCCUUGCAUUAUCAGUAGUGUGUGUGUGCAACAGGACUACAUUUUUACAGUGUUGAUUUUAAACAUCUCAGAAAGGUUUUCUCUUCUUUUAACCUGCAACUUUGUGGUCAUGGUAACAAGGAAGUGGGGAGAGAAGCUACCGUAAAUAAAGCUUUUUAUGAUUCUGAACAGUGUCUUACAAUGGAAUAAACAGUCCUUCUCCCAAA